CGGGGGGGUGGGGGGAGCCCGGUCCCGGCGGGGAGGAGGCGAUGCAGACGCCGUUGGAUCAGCGCUCCGGGAGCCGGCACGGAGCGCAGCACCGGCCGCAUCCAACUCCCCUGAGGCACAGAAUGAGGACCCUCGCCUCCUGCCUGGCCCUGUGGCUCCUCUGCCAGCUGCCUGCCCUUGCUUGCGGGACGCGUGUGGUCUACAAAGUGCAGGAGGAGCAGCCCCCCAACACACUCAUCGGCAGCCUGGCCUCUGACUACGGCUUCCCUGACGUGGGGCACCUCUACAAGCUGGAAGUGGGGGCCCCGUACCUGCGUGUGGAUGGCAAGACGGGAGACAUCUACACCACAGAGACCUCCAUCAACCGGGAGAGUUUGCGUGAGUGCCAGCACCUGAUGCCUGGAGAGCCCUGCUACCUGGAGUUCGAAGUGUCCAUCACUGACCUGAUCCAGAACAACAGCCCGCGCCUGCUGGAGGGGCAGAUCGAGGUGCUCGACAUCAAUGACAACACCCCCAACUUCGCCUCACCCGUCCUCACCCUGACCAUCCCUGAGAACACCAACAUUGGGGCUCUCUUCUCCAUCCCCCCAGCCAUGGACCGAGACUCGGGGCCCAACGGCGUUGCCUCCUACGAGCUGCUGGCUGGCCCUGAGGCACAGGAACUCUUUGGGCUACAAGUGGCUGAGGACCAAGAGGAGAAGCAGCCACAGCUGAUUGUCAUGGGAAACCUGGACCGGGAGCAAUGGGACUCCUAUGACCUGACCAUCAAGGUGCAGGAUGGGGGCAACCCGCCACGGGCCAGCAGUGCACUGCUGCGCAUCACCAUCGUGGACAUGAAUGACAAUGCACCCAAGUUUGAGAAGGCCCUCUACGAGGCCGAGCUGUCUGAAAACAGCCCUGUGGGGCACUCUGUCAUCCAGGUGAAGGCCAAUGACUCGGACCAGGGUGCCAAUGCCGAGAUUGACUACUCCUUCCACCAAGCAUCGGAUGUGGUGCGCCGGCUGCUGCGCCUGGACCGCAACACAGGGCUCAUCACUGUCCAGGGGCCCAUCGACCGUGAGGACGUCAGCACCCUCAAGUUCUCUGUCAUGGCCAAGGACAAGGGGGCUAACCCCAAGAGUGCCCGCACGCAGGUAGUGGUCACCAUCAAGGACAUGAAUGACAACGCGCCCUCGAUAGAAAUUCGGGGCAUUGGGUUGGUCACCCACCAGGAUGGCAUGGCAAAUAUCUCGGAGGACGUACCAGUAGAGACAGCAGUGGCUCUGGUACAGGUGUCCGAUCGAGAUGAGGGCGAGAAUGCUGUGGUGACCUGUGUGGUGGCUGGGGAUGUCCCCUUCCAGCUGCGGCAGGCUAGCGAAACAGGGAGCGACAGCAAGAAGAAAUACUUCCUGCAGACUACCACACCUCUGGACUAUGAGUCGGUGAAGGACUACACAAUCGAGAUUGUGGCAGUGGACUCGGGGAACCCGCCCCUUUCCAGCACCAAUUCGCUGAAGGUGCAGGUAGUAGAUGUGAAUGACAAUGCGCCCGUCUUCAGCCAGAGCUUCACCGAGGUGGCCUUCCCUGAGAACAACGAGCCCAAUGACCUAGUGAUGGAGGUGAGUGCCAGUGAUGCAGACAGCGGCUCCAAUGCCAAGCUGGUUUACUCGCUGGUGACCGACCCGUCCUCCAAGGACUCCUUCACCAUUGAUCCUGACUCUGGAGAGAUUCGGGUGAAAGCGGUGCUGGAUCGUGAGCAGCGGGAGCGCUACGAGUUCUUGGUGGUGGCGGCAGACAAGGGCAGCCCCAGCCUGAAGGGCACAGCGUCGGUGGCCAUCAACGUCAUGGAUAGGAAUGACAACGACCCCAAGUUCAUGCUGAGUGGCUACAACUUCUCGGUGAUGGAGAACAUGCCACCCCUCAGCCCCGUGGGCAUGGUGACGGUGAUCGAUGCUGACAAAGGAGAAAAUGCCCGAAUCCAGCUGUCGGUAGAGCAAGACAAUGGGGAUUUUGUCAUCCAGAAUGGCACUGGCACCAUUCUCUCCAGCAUCUCUUUUGACCGGGAGCAGCAAAGUACGUACACUUUCCGGCUCAAGGCUGUGGACGGUGGGGAUCCCCCCAGGUCUGCCUACGUAGGGGUGACCAUCAAUGUCUUGGAUGAGAAUGACAAUGCUCCCUUCAUCACUUCGCCCUCCAAUGCCACCUACAAGCACAUUCUGCCCCACACGAGCCCAGGCCAGCAGGUGAGCAAGGUCAAGGCAGAGGACAUCGACACCGGCGUCAAUGCCGAGCUGACCUACAGCAUCACAGGAGGCAACCCCUUCGAGCUCUUCCAGAUCUCCCCCCAAAGUGGAGACAUCACACUGGAAAAGGAGAUCCUGCGCAAGCACCAUGGCCUGCACCGCUUGGUUGUGCGUGUCAACGACAAGGGCAAGCCGUCACGGCACGGCACGGCCCUGGUGCACUUCUAUGUCAACGAGACUUUGGCCAAUCGCACACUGCUGGACACACUGGUGGGGCACAGCCUGGACACACCACUUGACAUAGACAUCGCCGGGGAUCCCGAGUAUGAGCGCAGCAAGCAGAGAAGCAACAUCCUCUUUGGAGUCAUUGCUGGCAUUGUGGCUGUCACCUUGGUCAUCGUGCUGGUUGUCCUGGUGCGUUACUGCCGACAGCGGGAGGCCAAGAGUGGCUACCAGGCAGGCAAGAAGGAGACCAAAGACCUGUAUGCGCCCAAGCAGGCCAGCAAGAGUGGCAAGAGCAAGAACAAGGUGAAGAAGAGCAAGUCUCCGAAGCCACCCAAGCCAACAGAGGACGAGGAGGAGACAGGGCUGCAGAAAUCCCUCAAGUUCAACCUGAUGAAUGACUCUGUCAGUGACAGCCCCCGCAUCCACCUGCCCCUCAACUACCCUCCGGGCAGCCCAGACCUGGGCCGACACUACCGCUCCAACUCACCCCUGCCCUCCAUCCAGCUGCAGCCCCAGUCUCCCUCCGCCUCCAAGAAGCACCAAGUGGUGCAGGACCUGCCGGCCACCAACACCUUUGUUGGCACCGGGGACAACAACUCAACGGGCUCCGAGCAGUACUCGGACUACAGCUACCGCACCAAUCCCCAGAAAUACACCAACAAGCAGUUACCUCAUCGCCGAGUGACGUUCUCUGCAGCCAGCCAGGCCCAGGACCUACAAGACCCCUCCCAGCACAGCUACUAUGACAGCGGGCUGGAGGAGUCGGAGACUCCCAGCAGCAAAUCAUCAUCGGGGCCCCGCAUUGGGCCGCUGGCCCUGCCUGAGGACCACUAUGAGCGCACCACACCUGAUGGCAGCAUUGGGGAGAUGGAGCACCCUGAGAAUGAUCUCCGUCCCCUGCCUGAUGUAGCCAUGACUGGGACCUGUACCAGGGAGUGCACGGAGUUCGGCCACUCCGACACCUGCUGGAUGCCCGGCCAAUCCUCCCCCAGCCGCAGGCCCAAGAACGCCCUCAAACUCUCCACUUUUGUGCCUUACCAAGACAGAGGGAGUCAAGAGCAAGUCGGGAAUGGCAGCCCCAGACUCUCAGAAGAGCGCAGCACCAAAAUGGCCAACCUCCGCCUGCUCCCCACGUACAGUGCCUUCUCCAAUAGUAGCCAUGAGACCUGCAAGGACUCUCCCAUGGAGGAAAUUCCUCUCACCCAGACCUCGGACUUCCAGCCAGCCACCACCCCCUCAUCCCAGACCACCAAGAGGGAGAUCUACCUGUGAGGCUGGCCCGAGGGGCCAGGAGCAGAUAUGCUUCUAAGGCCAGCGUCCUGGAAACAUUUGAAACUUGGUUGCUUUAUGGGCUCCUGCGGCCAGUUCUGCUCUGGGUGGUGGUGGAGGUGCCCAGGGUCUUCGAGGACAGCAGGCAGGGCGAGGCAGGGAUGGAAGGAGCGCCUUUAAAACCCAUUCCUUGGGGCG